UUGGGAUUUUGGAUACUCUGUGUGUGUGUGUGUGUAUACACACACACACACACACACACACACAUCUUGGAGAUGAGACACUCAGGUCAAAACAUGACAUUUCCUGAUGUUAACGGCUCUGGUACUAGAUAUUCUGUUUAAAAAUACAUUCACUUUGUUAAUCAAUGUAUAACUAUUUGGAGUGGGUAGAGAAAGGAUCAGAAACAUAUAUCAAGACAUCCUUGUGCAACACGAUCAAGGUUUUUAAAAGUUUUGCUAGAUUUUAAUUCUGUUUACAAAGCCCCAAUGAAAGAAAGUGUCAGUAAUUGUACUUCUGUUGAAGUUGUGGCAAAAUAAAAUUGGAAGAGAGCAAGAGUGUUUUGAUUCCUUCCUCUCUAUCUGCUCAUCUAUCUGCCCAAUCUAUGCAUGGGACUACAGAACAGUCAAGUUUCAAGACAGUGGCUGUUUGGUAGAGAAGGGAGACCCAGGUCCAAAUCAGCCAUGAAGCUCAUUGGGAGGCCUUCCAGAGUGGACAAUUUGGCUGGAAAACCAUGAACAUUUCCUACAUCUUUGAGGAAGAGAGAAUCUUUUAAAAGGGAAACAAAUGAGGAAUAUAGUUUGGCAUUCAGAAUUAAGCAUCGGGCCGGCCCUUCUGUUAAACAGGAUGAGUCAGUUGCUUCAGGCGACUGAUUUUUUGCGUGUCAAGGAAGUGCAGGAACGUGUUAGUAACUGCAUGUAUAAUUAUUUUUAUUCUGACUUUAGAGAUUAGAAAUUCGAGUGUGGGAUUUCCUGCCUCACUUGCCAAAAUAAGUACCUUUUAUUUGCCUUGAUUGCGAGAGCAGGGUGCGAUCUGCUUUCCCAGCUCUGGGAAACAAGUUCUCCAAGACUGACCCUCAAGUUCUUAAGCAUAAGAAUGGAGAUCCUUUUGCCUCCUCGUCCUACAUGACAAUGACUCAGAUGUUCACAAACAUUCAAGUGGAAAUAUCUACAGAUGCCCCAUCCUCUUUACCUAAGGGGGUGGGAUAGAGUGUAUUGAGUAAGCAAACAGGUUUAAGACUUAAGCUAUUUUAUUUUAUUGGGCACCCAUUUUAAGAUAGACUUAUUUGAUUUGCAAGCGAGGAAACAUUGCAAGUGUUCAAAGGCCUAUGAUUGUCAUUUUGCAAUUUGUGAAAGGGGCUGGGGAGGAACAGCUUCCCUGUCUGCUCUGCUAUGCCUUGUGUUGCAAGUCGCUCAGGUAACAGGUGUCUGGUUGCCCAGUCAGUGUUCUAAAGGAUGACUUCAUAGGGGUGGAGCUUUGCGAGGCUGCGAGGUGGCAGUCAGGUGAACCAGGUAAAAGAAGUGAACUUUGGCAGGUCUUUGAAGGAGACCGCUCAUAACUAAGAAGCAGCUUCCUUCGUCCAAGCAACAGGCAGCAAGCACAACACUCCAGAAUCUUAACUUCUAAGCAAGUGGGGUGAGGAAGGGGAUCUCAUCUAGAUAUGGAAACCAAAGAUCCCUCUCAUGGAAAAGAAAGCACGGGAGCCAAGAAAAAGAACCUGACCUUCUUAAGUCACAGGCUGUACAUGCUGGAAAGGAGGAAGACCGACACGGUGGUGGAGAGUAAUGCUUCUGGGGACCACAACAGCUCUGGGACGUUGAGGAGGAGUCAGUCUGACAGGACUGAAUACAGCCAGAAAUUACAAGAAAAAAUGGCACCCCAAGCAGGUUCCUCAGGACCCAUUGGUUCACCCCUGGAAAAUGAAGAAGAGCUGAACAGGCGGAUGAUGGCACGAAGGCAAAAGAUCAUCGCCGAAAUGGUCCAGACAGAAAGAGACUACCUCAAUGAUCUGGAACUAUGCAUCAGGAUAGUAGUGGAGCCCUUGAGAAAAAAACAGAUUACUAGGUUUGACGUGGAUGGCUUAUUUAGCAACAUCAAAUCUCUCCAUCAAAUAUCAACCAAACUGCUGUCAUUAUUGGAAGAAGCGACGACGGACGUGGAACCGGCCAUGCAAGUAAUUGGGCAAGUGUUUGUACAGAUUAAAGAUCUGAUAGAAGAAGCAUAUAAAGUUUACUGUUACCAAAAUGAUGAUGCCCAUGUCCUGCUGGAAUCUUAUGAAAAAGAUGAAGAGCUGAAACAACAUAUAAGAGAUUGUCUCCAGUCCUUAAAAAAGAUCUAUGAAGAAGGAGGAAAGUCAAACCUACUGGACAUGGGAUCUCUGAUGAUAAAACCAAUACAACGAGUGAUGAAAUAUCCAUUGUUACUCUGUGAACUCUUGAAUACAACACCCAUGUCUCACCCAGACCACCGAGCACUGCAGGAUGCUUUGGCUGCUGUGAAAGCCGUGACUAUGAACAUCAAUGAACUUAAAAGAAGAAAGGAUAUAGUGUUGAAAUAUAAGAAAAAUGAUGAAGAUGAAUCUUUGAAAGAGAAAUUUUCAAGACUAAAUAUUCACUCAAUUAGUAAGAAGUCCAAAAGAGUCACGGGUCACCUGAAAAUUUUGACUGGAGGAGAACUUCAGGUGAAAGAUGAAACUUUUAAUAAGGAGGAGAAGUUGUUCAGAAGUUUAGAAAAAACGGUCAAAUUGUGUGUGAAGAAUAUUUCAUGGUCGCUGCAGCAGUUGAAGGAUUCUAUACUUUUGGCUGCUACAUGUGAAACUGAACUUCACAAGCUUUUACAUGAGAGAGAAAUUGAGGAAACCAGCUCUUCGGAAUCACCGAUUAAUGCUGCAAACACCAAUGAAGGAUUUACAAAUCAAGUCAACAAGAUGGUGUUGGCCCCCCUGUCCACAUUACAGGCCCUGUUCCUGGGGCCUCAGAAGCUAAUCCAGAAGAGGUAUGACAAACUGCUGGACUAUAAUAGCUGCCAUCCAAAGACACCAGGGGAUGAGAAGGAUCUUGCCAGAAGAGAAUACGAGGCUCUCAAUGCUCAGCUUGUGGAGGAGCUGCAGAUAUUUAACAGGGCAGCAAAGAGAAUUGUGAUAAAUUGCAUGUGUUGCCUUAUCACUCUCCUGAAGGAUAUGACUUCAUCCUCACUACAGUCUUUUUCUGGGAGAGAAUCCCUUAUAACACUCUCUUCUCCUAGUAUCACUGAGGUUCAACAACAGGUACUUGAAGAGGUACACAAUCUUAAUUUUGUCAAAGAAACCAACAGUAUAAAUUUCAUUGAGAGAAAGCUAAGCUUUGAAAAAAAGAAGUGCACACCUCCCCAGCCUGAAUUUCCACGUCAGACUGAAAACCACAGGUCAGCCAUAAUGUCUACAUACAAUUCAGACUUGCUGUACCAAGCCAAACGCAAAUACAAUGCCACACAGGAACUGGAUAUUGAUCUGUAUGAAGGAGAAGUAAUCGCUGUAGUAGAGCAAAAGGAUCCAUUUGGAAGUACCAGCAGAUGGCUUGUUGACACUGGAUUUUUGAAAGGAUAUGUUUAUUCCUCCUUCCUGAAACCCUACAAUCCAGCAAAAGCACAGAAAGAUGCUGGGGAAACUGGUCUUUGUGAUGGCGAUUUUGAUAAUAUCAGCCUUUUUGUAUCUUUGCAUCAACUGGAUGACAACAACGGCAAGCCUCUUGGACACAAGAGAAGUGGCAGCAGCUCUUCUCAUAGUAGCCUUAGUGAAAAGAUAUCCGUUAAUGGGACAGACGUGGAUACCUUUUAUGAAGAUGACCAACAGACUUUCUAUGCAGUUCAUGCAUUUCAAGCAAGGAGUCAGCAGGAACUGAGUCUUCAGGAGUACCAGCGAGUUCGAAUACUUCGUUUUUCUGAUCUGAGUGGCAAUAAAGAAUGGUGGUUGGCUGAAGCAAAAGGACAAAAAGGAUAUGUACCAGCUAAUUAUCUGGGGAAGAUGACAUAUGCAUAGGUUUCAGAGACUUCCUUUUCCAGAACAUCAGUGCCAGACGUUUUGUUUUGUUAGCAACAACUAGGCAUGCCCUAGCGUUUUCUGUGUUCCUGAACAUUGAUUUUUUAUUUAUGCCUGUGGGAAUUAGAUUUGGCCAUCUCCAUAAUGUCCAUAUCCAGUAAAUGUCCAUUGUGCUUUGAGACAGCAGCUAAGGAGUGCGGUUGUGAACCAGUAGAACCCAAAGCACAUCAUGCCACUCUGGCUAAUCUCCUCUUAAACAUCUAUGGAAUUCACUAACAGGGCUUCUUAAUACUGCUGCCAAAUAACUAAGCACAUAUAAAAUAUUUCAGAAUUUUUGAAUUAUAGAAACUAACAUUAAUUGCCUAUAUGCUGAACUAAGUAAAUUUGUACAAUUUGGAGAGCAAACAAAUCAUUGAUUUUAUCCUCCAAAUUAAGAGCUAGCAAAGAGGAAAGCUUUCAAAUAUUCUCUAAGACAUAUCUUGCAAAACACAGAAUUCACUGAUUAUUAUCCUCAAUAUAUUAGAAGCUUGCAAAGUAGAUAGAGAGCACUGGGGAUAGUUUGAAUAUAUUUUCCAAGAUAUGUUUUGCGAAACACAGAACACCUAAUCACCUGACAAAGAUCAGGCCAAAAAAGCAUUCCUACUACUUCAGCAAGAAGAGGUCUUCAGCAAUCAUUCAAAAUGCAUAAAAUCACAUUUGACUACAUUAUAUGAUGACAAACAUAUGCAGGUUAUAAGAAUAACUGGAUAUUUAUUCAUCAGUCCCACCCUUUCUCACUUCCUUCUGAGUUGCAUGAGCUCAUAUGCAAACCCUUAUGUUUCUCUUGAAGAUGAACAUCAUGCAUUUUGAGUUUUUGUUAUUUUCUGCCACAGUGGAAUGCUCACACCAGUGUUGUUCUUGUGACAAUAAAGGUCACAGUAGAUUUGUAAACAAUACCUCUCUUUCAAAUUAAGAAAGUUAUGGAAUGAAAUACAAUCUUAGAACUUUUGUUUAGCUCUAAUGGAAUCCAUGCAGGUUAAUGGGGAUCAUGUCUUGAGUUGAUUGCUCCAUUAUGUUGCACUACUUUUUGUUUAUAUGAAGAGUUUGUAAAGAAGAAAAAUGAAUCCUUUAAUGGAAAGAUUUCUCACCCCCUCCUUUCAUCAUGCUUUUUAUCAAAACCGCUAAAAUAGCUCUCUCUUCCAGCAAUAGCUGAAUUGCGUGGAAAGCACGUAUGAUGAAGCUUUAUCACAUUAGAAUGUAGAGGCCUGGAAACGGGACAAGUAUUUGAUUAUUGUAUUUAUUAAUUUGUUGUGAUGUUUGAAUCAGAGAACUGUUGCCUUGGAAGCAAAUGUAUCUAAAAAAGCAUAUCACAGAUAGCAAUGAUUUUCAGGAUCUGUCUUGAGGUAUCUGGUAUUCCACAUCAUCUACUUAGUUGACAGAAAGGUCAUUCAGCAGAACAGCUCUCCUUCUCUCCAUAGAAGAGAUGCCCAAUAAAUUAGGUUUGGAAGAGGAGGAAGCUAUGAUUCUGGCAGUAGUAUCAACAUCGUAAAUUGGAAUUGUGAAUAUAGAACAAUUACAAAUGAGUUAAUCUAGGUAACGGUUUGCUACUUAGGACUUUAUCACAUGAGGCUGUCCAAAUGUGAUUGUAGCAGAAUGAUUGUGAGUGCCAGAGUAACCUAUUGCAUGACAUCAGUUUUUCCCCAUUGCAGUUUCUUUUUACAUUGUUCGUAUUGCACUUUUGUCUGUUGCACAUUUCCCCAGUGUUUAUUGUCAUUAUCAUAACUUCCCUUAAUAUAUAAACCAGUGGUUUCCAACCUGUGGUCUGUGGAUCACCAGUAGUCCCCAAGAACUAAAUUAUGGUCCACAGCCUCACCAUUACUACACCAUUGCAACGAGAGCGACUGGUCUCACGAAACCCUCUUAUAGUGCCGAGGGAACGGGGAUGUUGAGAGAGGAGAGGCUGACUGCCCAUAAAAGGCAUGACAACAAGCAUCCUGACUGCUGCUUCUCCUCCUCCCUCCCUCCGAGUGGAGCCAUUCCAUGUGGCACAUGGAAGCAGGAGCAUCUUGGUGCCUUCAUUUUUAGGCCUGAUCCUGGGGUUAUUAGGGUUGCUGAUAAAGAAAAUUGCAUUGUAUAGACCACAUCAGCUCUAGAUGAUUAAAUAUAGUUUUCUGUCGGGGAGCAGAUGGUGACUACUGGAUCAGAAACUAGAGCUGAUGUGGUCUAUCCAAUGCAGUUUUCUGAAUCAGCACCCCAAAUAACCAAACCAAAUCUAAAGUUGACCAAAAACUGAUUUGUAAGUCUUUUGGUAUUAAUGUUGGAGAGUGGUCCCUAGUCAAAGUGGUCCUUGGUCAAAAAAGGUUAGGAACCACCAAUAUAGAACAUCAGCUGCAUAAGAAGAGUAUCCAUUCUUUUGGCAAUAGAAGCGUUGAUAAAUGCAGUUUUUGUCAGGUUUGUGGGGACCAUGUUUUAGCUCAUACUGGCAACAAAUAUCUAGUAACAUGUUGAGGCAACUUUGCCUCAUAGAUGUCUUUUAAGUCACAAAACACUUAGUUUAGACUUUUUCAAACUAAGUUAUUUUAAAGCUAUGUAAUGAAAAUGUAGUAAAGGUAAAGGUUUUCCCCUGACAUUAAAUCUAGUCGUGUCCGAAUGUACAAGUCUCAUAAUUGUUUCUCAGCCAUUAACACAAUAUAAAAUAUUUAUUUUCUCAGUAUUCAUUCUUAUGAUGGUUUUUUUGCAUUAUGUAUGUCAGAAGAUAAAUAUACUUGAUCAUAUUUAUUUAUUUGUAAUAAAAACAAUGAAUAUCAAAAUUAACUUAAUUGCUGGAACGAUUAGAUUCUAGGAGUUUCUUCUACUUUAGAAGCUGCAGAAGGCAAACAUGUAGGUUUUUUUUUUUAUAACUGGAGCAAAUGAGAAAGUAUGGGAAUGUCCUAAAAUAGUGCUACAAAAAAGCACUCUCAGGAUCUCCCAAUCCAAAAUAAUAUACGAAUAUUGUCAAUAAAUGUGAUAAUGUGAAGUCGCUUUGUACUGAAGAUUGCAUUUGAAGGUUUUAAAGUAACAUCACAAAAUAUUUUAAUACUCUGAUGGCACAUGAAGAGUCUAAGCUGUGCAGAGAUUCAUUCAUUCAUUCACAAUUUGUAUUGAUACCUCUGUGUGAUCUUUUUAACCAACAAUAAUGUUUUUCCAUUGAAAAAGCUUUAUCAAAGCACAAAAAGUUGUUACAACUGCGAAUACGUAAGGACAAAGCUCUGUGAUUAAAGAUUGAUCGUUGUAAAUUGCUGUACAGAAGUAUCUGUGACUUGAAGAUAUUUACUUUUAAAUUACCUAAUAAAUAUAUAUAUUUUUACAAA